AAGAGGCACUGUUGUCUGCUCCAGUUGUAAUUCGGAUCACUUGGGAGAGGGACAUUUCUUGGCUGAAGCUGUCUGGAAUUAACAGCUUUUCAUACUCCAUCUUAUACACUGCCUGCUUCUGGCUCCAUUCUCUCUGGAGGAUUUGGUUUCUGCUAAUGCUGGCUUAAAGAACAAUUGGAAUGUGCAACUUAUUGGACUAAUCAAAAAAAAAAUUUUCUCUGGAUUAAUACAAGGUUAAAAUGACUAUUGUAUGUUUCUUGAUCCAUAUGUAGAGGACAUUGCGCCUUAAGGAAAAAGGACCAACCCACUCUGUAUUUUGUGACCCAUCCUUGGUCAUCGGUCAGAUAUUCUUGUUCACCCACAUUUCUAUACAACUUUCCUCGCCUACAAAUGGAGUGACUCUCACUUUAAGCGCCCCUUUCGUAAUGCGGAUGGUCAUGGUUGGAUUCAGUUUUGAUAGCACUACCCACUGUGUUCCAUGAAGAGGUUUGGCAGCUUAAGAAGGAGCAAGAAACGGAAGGAGCAAGAUGGGUUAGGAGGGAGACCUCAGUCCAUGGCAUCAUGUCUGUCUGCCUCUGGACUUUCCACACCACCCAGCACGCCAACCCAGGUGACCAGCCCACCUGUGUUCACCCAGGAAGCCCAGCAGAGCUGGCUCAGUUCUGAACGGAUGGAACCAAGCUUCAGAACCCGCUCCCUCUCCACACCUCCAGACACUGGACAGCAGCUAAGCCUCCCCUCUGCUAAACCCCCGAUCCCUUUCUCAAACCCUGGGUCGUCUUAUUCUACCUCACAACAAGUCUACGGAUUAUCUGAAGGCAUGCUGGAGAAACUUGAACUAGAUGAUGAAGCUGCUGAACCUGAGAGUGAUAUUUACACGCGCUUUAUGAAAUCACACAAGUGCUACGAUAUUGUCCCCACAAGCUCCAAGCUGGUUGUGUUCGACACAGCACUCCAAGUUAAGAAAGCGUUCUUCGCCUUGGUAGCUAAUGGUGUGCGAGCUGCCCCAUUAUGGGACACGGAGAAGCAAAGCUUUGUGGGAAUGCUGACCAUCACAGAUUUCAUCAUCAUACUACACAGAUACUAUAAGUCACCGAUGGUGCAGAUUUAUGAAUUAGAGGAACAUAAGCUUGAGACCUGGAGAGAGGUUUACCUUCAAGCAACGUUCAAACCUCUGGUCAACAUAUCACCUGAUGCAAGCCUGUUUGAUGCAGUGUACACCCUCAUCAAAAACAAAAUUCACCGUCUGCCUGUCAUUGACCCCGUCACGGGGAAUGCACUUUAUAUUCUCACACACAAGAGGAUCCUCAAGUUCCUCCAGCUCUUUAUGUGUGAAAUGCCUAAGCCGGCCUUCAUGAAGCUGACUGUCGAGGAGCUGGGCAUCGGUACGUACCACGACAUCGCUUUCAUCCACCCGGACACGCCCAUCAUUAAAGCACUCAACAUCUUUGUGGAGAGACGAGUGUCUGCUCUGCCUGUGGUGGACGACUCGGGUAAAGUUGUGGAUAUUUACUCCAAGUUUGACGUGAUUAAUUUGGCUGCUGAGAAGACGUACAACAACCUGGACAACACCGUGACACAGGCUCUGAAACAUCGCUCCCAGUACUUUGAAGGAGUGGUCAAGUGCCAUAAAACAGAAACCAUGGAGACCAUUGUGGACAGAAUAGUCAAAGCUGAGGUGCAUCGGUUGGUGGUGGUGGACAAGCGCUCCAGCAUCGAGGGCAUCGUCUCCCUGUCGGACAUCCUCCAGGCUCUGGUGCUCAGCCCUACAGACGCCUGUAAGGAGGAGAACCUGACCGUGUACGAGGGAGGAAGCGUCAGCAGCAGCAGUGAAGACGUGGUGGGAGGGACUAAGUGUGAAGGUUAAGGCUGUGUGAGGCCGAAGAGAGUCACAGUGACGCCUGCAAGUGAUGCACUGUAGACGCUUGGAAACCAAAGAGCUAGACAGCUGAGAGUGAAGUGGAGUCCCUGCACUGACGCGUGAUUUUUCAGAGUUUGUUUGUUGUUUUUGCUUUUGUUUGAACACUGAUCGGAUGAUGCACACAUGUACAUUACACUGUAUAAAGGCGCACACGCUCGUACGCACAGAGAUGCAUCAUGGGUAUCUGCCCUGGAUCUUUGAAAGGUGGAGACGAAAAGAUGCAGCUCGUGUUUUCGGUUUAAAACUGCUCUUCACCUACGAUGUGGCCAUUUUAUGACUGUUAAAACAAAACAAUUUGCCAGUGCCAUUGUUGCGCGCUCCAUGCCCAGGCUUUCUUUGUGCCUUUUCGGUUUGCACACACCAGUAAUGCUGUUCUUUUUUUCUUUUCUUUUUUUGUAAUUUUAACAAUGUAUUGGUGUGAUAAUAUAAGUAGUUGGUACCAAAAUGUACCUUCUCCUGUAUUAGGAUUCCUUCUCUGUGACUAUAAUUCACAUCUUUUGAAUUUGUUACGUACAUUUUACAUGAAAAAUGAUAUGACGAAUAAAAUCUAAAUAUUUUUCGACACAAAAUGCAGUGAUCAGAGGCAAAUAUAAUACAAGUGUGAGUGAGAAUCUGUCGUACAUCAAGUCACUGUGACUAUAAAGAUGUAUAUUUGUAAUGGUAUGACGAGACUGAAUGGUUUUAGAUGUUUUUUCUUCUGUGGUUUUUGCUUCACAUAAUCUGACACUUGCUUUACUGCUUCUUUUUUCUCCCCUCUCGGCUGUAGCUCCACAGGACUCAUCUCCAUCAUCGACUGUACAUAGGUUUGUUGUUCUUUUGGGGAUAAAAGUGUCACACAAAGCUUUAUUUUUAUGAAAAAAAAAUUGUCAACGUGUUUAAAGAGACUGCAGUUUUAACGUUAUUUUUGUAAAUAUACUGUGGCAAAUGUGUCGAGUUCAACGAAACUUUGUAUCAGAUCAACAUGUACUGUAAACGUGCAAGCAUGAGAAACCUACACUUCAGCAGUAUGAAUGUUCCUUGUUUUACUUUUUCUAUUUUUCUGGCUGCAGAAAAAUAAAUUGACACUGAAUGUA